AUCCAACUUGAAAUAUCCAAAUAUCUCUUUGUUACCCUUUUUGAUCCUUGGGAGCCUUUUGCCUAUCGUUCAUCCCAACAAAUCGUGCUACUGUUGAAAUAAUUGAUUGAGCACGCACGCACGGGCCGCCGCUGCGAUCUGGGAGCGACAGCGGAGAACUCUCUUACAUUUUAUUCAUCUGCUUGCAUAACAUAAAGCCUUUUCGGAGAUUAGAAGCCCGAUCAUACUUUCGGAGUAUUUGUUCAACUUCAACCAUCACAAGACUCUGUUCCAGCUGAGCCCUGUGUUCAGCCGAUAGUUUGAGCAUAAAUCCAAGGAUACUUCAUCAUCAACUUCAUCGCAUACAUACACGAAAAGCUCUCAAAGUUCUGGUCACGGUCAUGGCUUCCCCAAAUGAUGUCGAGAUGGCUGGUGCCGAAUCAUCACGCAACGAGCCAUUCACCAUUGAAGAGAACAUCCGCCAGCUCAAUGCCAUCGACCAACAAAUCAUCCAGCUCAUGAAACACACUGCCACAGCACUCAACGCACUCACAAUACCAAAAUCCACAGAAACCGACCAGAACAUGGAUCCAUCAGCCGAACCUACCAAGCCAUCACUAGAUCCUGGUACACAAAAAGAGGCCUUCGCCUCUGCGACAGAUCAAUUCUUCCGGGCACUUCACACCGUCGACGUCAAGAUCAAACGCCAGGUCAUGGCACUCGAAGAAGCCAAUAUCAUCAGUCUUGCUCCACCGCCUCGUCUGAAUAAGACGGGUCCCAUUAUCCCACAACCGACGCCCAACGGAGUGGGAGCUGUGGGCAACAUCGGAGCAGGUUGGCUGAACAGUCGGGGGACAAGAGUUGAGAGGGAUAUGGAGGCAGAGCUCUGGGGAAAGGCUAAGGAAAUACUGAAGGAGAAGGAAGCGAAGCUGGAGUCGGGAUCACGAUAGAAUGGAAUUCCGACCUGGAUUGUACAUGCAAUGUUGCUUUGAUGGAAGGUUUAGGAAAGGGACCAUCAUGUUCCCGGUCAUUCCGAUAGCACUCCAAAGGAAACAUCCCUUUAAGACCUUUGCUGCACAACACAAAUCCAUUAAUGAUGGAACUUCAUGUUGCAAGUCAAGCCUUGUGUUAUUGCUUACCCUAAACCGACUCAGAAGCUCUUAAUUACAGAUUAUGGCAGAUCUCUCUAUAACUUCAAAGUGAAUAUUUCGUACCAAUAAAAAACAUUCAACAAAGA